AUGUGUCUCUUCGCGACGAAUUUCAAAUACCUAAAGAAACUCUCGUCUACAAGUGAUUCAGACGCAGAGACAAAAGUCCUUCAGAAGGCUCAGGUUUCGCCUUUAUUUUCGAAACCUUCCGGUAAUCGUAAAGACACGACACCUGAGACAUCAGCUGACCCGUCCAAGGCCGACGCAUCAAUCGUAGCGGCGCGCACACGUUCGCGCCUACGCAGCGUGCCCACGGUGCCCACAGUACCGGAAAGAAGAGAGGGAAGCUCGGAGAGCUCAGGCCCGGUGGCGACACGCACGCGCGGGAAGGUCGUUACAAGACCCGCGAGGUGCCCACCUCCCGCCGACGCGAAACCCUCCGGAUCUGAACCCGAGAGCUCAGGGCCACUCAUACAGCGUUUGCACCGCAGUAUGUUGCCCUCACAGUUACUUCCUCCGAAAAGACCGAAGUCUCCACCCCCCGUAGAGAGGCCUGCCACUAUCACGGUCGCGCUCACCGCCCCCAGCAACGAUUCAGAUGGAAGCACGGAGGAAUCGGAAGCAGAUAGUACAAAGACGGUAACGGCAACUCUUGAAGAUUCAAUUAACAAAUUCAACGAAUCAUUAAGGCGUUUGGAAGAGCGGCAUCACACCAAAUCCUCCCGUGACCCCCAAAAAAGGCCUGAUAAAACAGAUUUUGACUGGCCUGAUCAUCUGUCGGAGGGGGAUGAGGUAGAAGAGGAGGCCUGGAUGAUUCUCCAGGAACAAGACCCUUUCGAUGACAUCGCCGGAGAUGCUGAGCUUACCAGCCGCUUGAAAGCGUUAGAAGGUAGGUUUAAGUCACCAUCGGACCAGGAAUUAGUACGGCGGCUGAGUGCGAGGGAGAAGAUAUCAUUACGCACGGAAGAAGAAGGAACGGAGGCGGACGACGAAAACGAUGAGCAACCAGCUGAGGGAGAGAGUAUGCCGCGAGCAAGCGCGAGAGUGAGACCCAAGACAAGUAUGGCCGCAGGACUCGAGCGCGAACCCGACACCUCGCAGCCCGCUCGGACCUCUCUACUGCCCGCUCCCCGCCCCACGGUGAGAUGGUCAUUGCCCAGCAACGAUGCGGCCCCGGCUGCAAAGUCUACAUCAUACCAACCACGUGCGUUACCACGUGCUACACCUCCCGGAAAUUCCACCGGUAAUAAAAGCGAAUUCAUAACUCUUCCUGAUGACCCCAUUAUAAUAGGAUCGAAAGACACGAAUUUGUCCUCGAUCACGUCGUCCUCACUGGACUUGUCCAGUAAAGAGGAACCUGACCAAGAAAAACCUAUAGCAAAAACAAGUACGAUGGAGAACUAUCAACCUAAGUGGGAAAACUACUCGCUGACCUAG